AUGUUUUUAUUUGUUUUUGGGCUUUUCAUACAAACUUGUUUAGCGGAAAACGUAGAAACUACUAAACACGGACAUAACACCGAUGCAAGUGAUAAGAAGGUGUCAAAAAGAGAUUAUUACGCACCAGAAUACAAUCAUGAUCAUUAUUCAUAUCCGGCUUACCGCUUCGAGUACGGCGUCCACGACCCGCAAACCGGCGACAUAAAAAAACAGUACGAGGAACGGGACGGGGACACGGUGCGCGGCUACUACAGCCUGGUGGAACCGGACGGUUCGAUCAGGUUGGUCGAGUACACGGCUGACUCAAAAAACGGUUUCCAGGCAACUGUCAAGAAGAUCGGAAGUUCACAUCACCCGACCACGGUGACCCAUCACCUCAACACUGCUAACGCCCACCACGGUGGUGACGGUGGCUACGCGCCCAACUACCACGGCGGUGAUCGGGACUAUAAUAAUCAUCAUCUGCAGCAGCCGUCGUUGCCGACCGUCCACGACGGUCAUCAGUACGAGCCGCCCGCUUACUCGAAUCACUACGAACCUCCACAGCCACCUGCAUACAACGAUCACUACGAACCGCCGGUGCACGGUUACGACAAUCAUCAGUACCAACAUCAACAUCAACAACUGCCGGUCCCUGGUUACGACAAUCAUCAGUAUCACCAUCAGCAGCAGCAACUGCCGCCGUCCGCUUACAAUCAUUACGAACCGCCGCUGGUGCCCGCCGUGCACAAUCACUUCCAGCAUCCGCCGUCACCCGUUGCGGCUUACGAUCACUACGAACCGCCGCUGCAGGUGGUGGUUCCGGCCGGCCACGGCGAUCAUCACUUCGAACCACCGGCGGCGCAUCCGGAACCGGCUGACUUCGAACACGGUUCGCCGCUGCCACCACUAUUCGCCGCCGGUCUGCCCACCGCCCACGGUGACUACGGCAGCGCGUCACCGGAAGAAUACUAUCCCGCGCCCCUGCAGUUUCCGGUUACGUCCCACGAGACCCACUUCGAGUGGCCCGCCAAGAGCGGCAGCAACGACGACGACGACGGCCUCAGUGACGGCGACCCACAUCAUCGCGGUCACCUGCAGGACGAAUACCAAUUUCCUGCCUCCAAAGAGCACAGUCAUCUGCAGGGCGCCGCGGCCAAAGUGGCUUCCGGCGAACGGCCAGAGUAUCUAAGGAAGUACUUCGAACCUAACUACCGGGGCCACGCAGCAGCCGUCAACAGUUUUUACGACGACGACGAAUGA